UAUUUAUCUUAUCAAUUAUGGCUAAAUGAUAUUGCAUUAUUGGUUGCGAAAUAGCCGCAGAAUGCAUUUAUAGAAUUUACCGGUAAAUUUUCCACACCAACUUAGUUGUUUCAACGCCCUGAGUUCGAACAGAUCACCAUGAGUUUAGCUGGUAAAGUAGUUAUUGUUUCGGGCGCAAGCUCAGGCAUUGGAGCCGCGACUGCGGAGGCUUUUGCCAAACAAGGAUCCAAGGUGGUGAUCGUGGGACGAAAUGUAGAAAAUCUGAAGUCUACUGAAGCGGCUUGCAAAGCAGCCAAUAGCAAAGUGGAGCUGCUAAAUAUCGCCGCUGACAUAACAACUAACGCCGAGAAGAUAAUAAAUUCAACUAUUGAAAGAUUCGGAAAAUUGAAUGUGUUGGUCAACAGCGCCGGUGUGGGUGAAACCGGUUCAAUUUUGGAUAUCGACGUCGAUCAAUUUGAUCGCAUUAUGAAUAUAAACGUACGUUCGGUCUUCCUUCUAACAAAAUACGCGGCGCCACAUCUGAUCAAGACACAAGGGAAUGUCGUGAAUGUCUCCAGUGUCGUUGGUUUGCGUUCAUUCCCUAAUCUUUCGGUCUAUUGCACAUCGAAAGCAGCAGUGGAUCAAUUCACCAGAUGUAUCGCUUUGGAUUUGGCGCCCCAGAAUGUGCGUGUGAAUGUCGUAAAUCCCGGUGUGAUUGUGACACAAUUCCAUAAAAAUCUGGGCAUGUCGGCGGAGGACUAUGCUAAAUACUUGGAGCAUUCGAAGUCUACACAUGCAAUGGGUCGCGUCGGCCUGCCAAAGGAAGUUGCCGAUGCGAUUGUUUUCCUAGCUAGUGACAGUUCGAGUUUUAUAACGGGCGCAACUCUGUCCGUCGAUGGUGGCAAACAUGCCAUGUGUCCACGUUAAUUUAUUUAAUGUGAUGUACAUAUU